AUGGACGAAUCAGCGACCAAGCGUCCCCGUAAGAAUCCCGAUGGCUCUAGUCGUGCGCGAAUUGCAGUCGUCGGCGCAGGCUCUUGGUCACAGGGCUGGCACUUACCACAGCUUCACCGCAAUCCAGAAGCAGAGAUUACGGCGAUCGUAGAUCCAUCUGUCCUCACGUGGAGCAAAUACAACAAGAACAUGAAGCCCACAAAGGAGUUGGCCGAGUAUUACGGCGUCCCCAAGUUUGAUGACAUCGAUUCUUUUUUGAGUUCCGAUGUUGCUACGUCUACACAUGGAUGGCGGAUCAUCGCUUCGUCUCACAGUAGCCACCAUGAUGUUGGUAUGAAGGCCGUACGGGCCGGCUUGCACAUAUUGAUGGAGAAACCUAUGACAACUGACACGAGGGAAGCAAUGGAGUUGGUUGACGCGGUUGCCUCCUCUGACAAGGUUUUUAUUGUCAACAAUUCUGCAAAUUUUCGACCGAGCGCGAUACGAGCGCACAGGCUCGUCACGGCGGGGGAAGUUGGCAAGAUAGACGGAUGUAAAUUGCUACAUGAUGAGAGAGCGCGAGUUCUUUGA